UCAGAACACAGACGCUUAGAGACCAAAAAACCUUCUAUAAACCCUUGAAACAAACCUUCUCUAGCGCUUUGUUAAUUCUAUCAAGUAUCAAUGGAGUCUCUUUCGAGUUCUGUGUUUUUCUCUAACCUCUCAGAGACUCUCCCAGUUCUCAAUAGCCCUUCUUCUUCCUCUUCUUUUUCAUCUUACUCAAUAAAGUCGCUUAAUAAGAGAGUCACGUCCCUCAAAUUCGCCGAAUCUCCUCAUUACGCUAGCCUCCGAGUCCGCUCCUUGACGCCUGACCAUGUUCCUGGUGAAGCUGAAGAAGAGAGGCCUCUUAACAGUGGCUUUGGCUUCGUUCCUGAUCAGAAUCAGGCCCUCUUUCUGCCGCAGGCUAAUCUAAAUCAGUGUGAAAGUAGCAAAAUGGAAACUGACAAGAUAUUGGCCAAUGAGACACCACAUAUGGUUUCUCAUGGAAGUGGAUCUGGUGGGGGUACAAGAGCUGGGCUUUUUAGAACACCAAUUUCUGGUGGAGUGCAGAGUGCAACCUCAGCUCAUGACUUGCCUCGACCAGCCUUAGCAGUCCGCAAUUUGAUGGAGCAGGCCAGAUUUGCUCACCUGUGCACUGUUAUGUCUCGGAUGCACCACAGAAGAGAAGGGUAUCCAUUUGGUUCUUUGGUAGAUUUUGUGCCUGAUUUGAUGGGGCAUCCAAUAUUUUCGUUUUCACCAUUGGCUAUCCACACACGGAAUCUGUUAGCUGAUCCCAGGUGCACCCUUGUUGUGCAGAUACCUGGAUGGAGUGGCUUAUCAAAUGCAAGGGUGACCAUUUUUGGCGAUGUCUAUCCACUUCCGGAACAUGAACAGGAAUGGGCUCACAAGCAGUAUAUAGCAAAACAUCAACAAGGACCUUCCCAGCAGUGGGGAAAUUUCUACUAUUUUCGAAUGCAGAACAUAAGAGACGUGCAUUUCAUUGGAGGCUUUGGCACUGUUGCUUGGGUUGAUGUGAAAGAGUAUGAAGCCCUUCAGCCUGAUAAGAUUGCGGUUGAUGGAGGAGAGCAAAAUUUGAAGGAACUCAACGUGACAUUCUCAAAGCCUCUUAAAGAGCUCUUGUCCACGGAAACCGUGGUGGAUGAUGCCGCUCUCAUAUCAAUAGACAGCAAGGGAACUGAUGCUCGAGUUCGUCAAGGCGCCCAGUUCAAUAUACAGAGGUUGUCAUUUGAGGAAGGUAACGCUGCUGAAACACUAGAUGAGGCAAAGGUUGCUCUAUGGAAACUAAUAAAAAAAGGUCAAGUACACAAUUUGCAGAAAUGAAAAUAGAAGUUUUCAAAAUGAAUAAUGCUUGUUCUUGCCGUCAUGAAGGGGGAACAGCCGGCUAGAUGACAUGAACGGAGUUGUAUCCUAUCACACGAAUUAACUCGCAUUUUCCUUCUUUUGCCGGUAUUUUUGCUGCAUAACUUAUCAUGUUGGUUUGUAGAUCCCCAAAGCCUGUUGACACAAAAUAUUUAUACUCUGUUACACGUUGAGUGAUUCAAGAUUGGUAACAUAACAUGCAAAAUGGGAUUCCUUGAUUG